GUCACAAGGAGUUGCAAGCCAGAGAAAAUAUGGCUACUACUCCUGGAUUUCUCACUGAUUGGCCUUGGAAGCACCUCGGAAGCUUUAAGUACGUGAUUUUGGCUCCAUGGAUAGCUCACAGCGUUUAUUGUUUAGCAACGAAAGAGCAAGAUGAGAGAGAUUCCACCAAUUUGCUCAUAGUUCCUUUUCUACUCUCAAGGAUGGUUCACAACCAGCUGUGGAUUAGCUUCUCUCGUUAUCGAACAGCCAAAGGCAACAACCGCAUUGUUGACAAAGGCAUCGAGUUUGAUCAAGUCGACAGAGAAAGCAACUGGGACGAUCAGAUAAUAUUGAACGGGAUUGUACUUUAUGUGUUUAAUACGAUGACUUCAGCAGCUACAAACUUGCCAUUGUGGAGAUCAGACGGUGUAAUCAUGUCAAUUUUCCUUCAUGCCGGACCUGUUGAAUUUCUCUAUUAUUGGCUCCACAUAGCCUUGCAUCAUCAUUAUCUCUACUCUCGUUAUCAUUCUCAUCAUCACUCUUCUAUUGUAACUGAGCCCAUCACAUCUGUGAUUCAUCCGUUUGCUGAGCAUAUAGCAUAUUUCCUGCUAUUUGGUAUUCCAACAUUAUCAACAGUGUUCACGGGGACUGCUUCCCUGGCUUCUCUCUUUGGCUACAUUACUUAUAUUGAUCUCAUGAAUAAUAUGGGGCACUGCAACUUUGAGUUCAUUCCCAAGUGGAUUUUCUCCAUCUUUCCCCCUCUCAAAUACUUGAUGUAUACGCCCUCGUUUCACUCCCUGCACCAUACUCAAUUCCGAACAAAUUAUUCGCUCUUUAUGCCAUUCUAUGACUACAUCUAUGGGACCCUGGACAAGUCUACCGAUUCACUAUAUGAAAAAUCACUAAAAAGGCAAGAAGAUUCAACAGAUGUGGUACAUUUGACACAUUUGACAACCCCAGAAUCCAUUUACCAUCUCAGGCUAGGAUUUUCCUCACUGGCCUCAAUGCCUCAAAACAAAAAAUGGUACAUUUGGUUCAUGUGGCCAGUCACUUUGUGGACUAUGAUCACCAACUGUUUCUAUGGACGCACUUUCAUUUUGGAGAGAAAUAACUUGGAAAAGUUUAAAUUUCAAUCUUGGUCCAUACCAAGAUACAAUUUACAGUACUUAUUGAAUUGGCAAUCACAAGCUAUUAACAGCUUGAUAGAGGAUGCUAUAUUACAAGUCAGAAGA